CUGCAGCGGAGCCGAGCCCGAGCCCGAGCCCCAGCCGAGCCCCGACACGGCCCGCCCGGCCUGUCGCCUUCCCCGGGAGCCCCGCGCCGGCCGGAGCCCGCGCGCCCCCCGCGCCACCCCCGGGAGCGGAGCGGACGGGACGGGGGACUCCGAGGAGGCGCUGGCGCCGCCCGCGCCCGCGACGGGAGUCGGGAGCCGCGGCCUCCCGGCCCCAGCUGCCCAGGCCAGCUCGGGGAGAGCGGGGAGGACGCGAUCCCCACCCUCGGGCAACCCCUCCACCACCCCAGCCGCGGCGGCCGGAGCGCCGACCCUUCGCCGUCGGGCGCGGGCGCGGGGAGCCCCCCCCACCGUUGGGCGCCGCCGCGGCGCGAGGUGCUAGAGGCGAGCACAGCCCCCCGCGCAGGCCCGCGACGAGACGCCCAGAAGUGGAAAAGGGGGUGAUCCUUCCCGGCGGAGGCAGGGGGAGCCCGGCCCGGCGCGCCGCCGCCCCUUGCAAGCGCGCGACUCAGGGCGCGGCGGGACUUUGGAGGCGGUGAGCUCCGUGCGCGCCGUCGGUGCGAGCCGGUACUCACGGGGCAGCGGCGUCCUGACAUCCACGAGCGGGGCCCACGCCCGGGAAAGCAGGGGGGUCGGCGUCCAGGAGAGGGGAGCAGCUCCCCCCGUUAAUUCCCUGCGCCUCGACGGCGCGCCCGGGCCGAGCCCGAGCCCUCGGCGCCGAGCUCCUCCCGCCGACCUCAGGAGCCCUCCACUCUCCAAAGAGCCAGUUUGGGGGGGAGGGGGACUCCCCCAAGGGGGAGGAGACAGCGCCCGGUCGGGAGACGCCCCUCCCCUCCUCCCCAGGGUUGCCGGCCGGGGCUGGGGGGUGUACCACUUCCCCCAGGUAGGGCCUCCUUCUCCUCCUCCUCCUCCUCCUCCUCCUCCUCCUCCUCCUCCUCCUCCUCCUCCCCCCCAGCCCCCCUCCGCUCCGCACCCUCUGGGAACCCACUUCCCCUCCGCGGCGGCGGCGCCUUGGGAGGCUCUGCCGGGCACAGGAAGAGCCGCGGACGACUAUGAGACUCUUCGGCUCCCUUUGAAGAGGGGGAUCCCGGCACCCUCCAACGCCACCACCAGGUGGUUCCCGCCCUUGGCCGAGGGAACCUUGGAGAGCGAGCCCAGGGGCACCAUGGCCUCGGACCUGGAGAGCAGCCUGACCUCCAUCGACUGGCUCCCCCAGCUCACGCUGCGCGCCACCAUCGAGAAGCUCGGGAGCGCCUCGCAGGCCGGGCCCCCCGGGGGCAGCCGCAAGUGCCCCCCAGGCUCCCCGACAGACCCCAACGCCACGCUGAGCAAAGAUGAGGCGGCGGUGCACCAGGACGGCAAACCCCGCUACAGCUACGCCACCCUCAUCACCUACGCCAUCAACUCCUCCCCGGGCAAGAAGAUGACGCUGAGCGAGAUCUACCGCUGGAUCUGCGAUAACUUCCCCUACUACAAGAACGCCGGCAUCGGCUGGAAGAAUUCGAUUCGGCACAACCUUUCUCUCAACAAGUGUUUCCGGAAGGUGCCGAGGCCUCGGGACGACCCGGGCAAGGGCUCAUAUUGGACCAUCGACACGUGCCCGGACAUCUCCCGGAAGAGAAGACACCCUCCUGACGAUGACCUCUCCCAAGACUCACCGGAGCAGGAGGCGAGCAAGAGCCCGCGGGGAGGCGUUCCCGGGGGUGGAGAAGCCGCACUGCCCCCCGAGGGGAACCCUCAGAUGGGGCUUCAGAGCCCCGCCUCCAUCACCAGCUACAGCCAGAGCUCGGCGUCCGUGGACAGCGGCGGUGCCGUGCCGGCAGGGGCUCCGGGCCGAGACAGCGCGGAGGGGCCGCCGCCCCUCUACAGCGCCAACCAGGACUUCAAAUUCUCCUACUCAGAGAUCAACUUUCAGGACCUGAGCUGGUCCUUCCGCAACCUCUACAAGUCCAUGCUGGAGAAGUCUUCCUCCUCCUCUUCCUCUCAGCACGGCUUUUCGUCGCUCCUGGGGGACAUGCCGCCCUCCAGCAACUACUACAUGUACCAACAGCAGCCGCCGCCCCAGCAGCCGCCGCCUCCCCAGCAGCCCCCGCCCCAGCCCGCGCAGCCGCCGCCGUCCGCGCCCACUCAGGGCCCCUCGGCCGUCGGGGGCGCUCCCGCACUGCACACCCCCAGCCCGGACGGUUGUCCCCCGCCCGGCGGAAAGCCCGCGGGGGCCGAGGGCUACGGGCCGCCCCCCGUGAUGGCCAUGCACCCGCCGCCCCUGCAGCACGCAGGCUACCACCCUCAGCAGCACCACGCGCCCCCGCCGCAGGCCCCGGGCCAAGCGCCCAUCAACAGCCCAGGCUUCGCCUUUCCUCCCGACUGGUGCUCCAACAUCGACUCCCUAAAGGAGAGCUUCAAGAUGGUCAACCGGCUCAACUGGUCCAGCAUCGAGCAGUCCCAGUUCUCGGACCUGAUGGAGAGCCUGCGGCAGGCGGAGCAGAAGAACUGGAGCCUCGACCCCCAUCACAUCGCCAACCUGUGUGACUCCCUCAACCACUUCCUCACUCAGACUGGCCACGUGCCCCCGCAGGGGGCCUCCCACCGGCCGCCAGCCCCCGCCCGGAUCGCUGACUCCUGUGCCCUCACCAGCGGCAAGCAGGAGACCCCCAUGAACCAAGUGAACUCUUACGGGCACCCACAGGCCCCUCACCUCUACCCCGGCCCGUCACCGAUGUACCCGCUCCCCGCCCCGGACUCCGCGGGAUACAGCCGGCCAGCCCACCACAUGGUCCCUCGGCCGCCGGCGCCCCCUCCUGGGGCCAACGAGGAGAUCCCCGACGACUUCGACUGGGACUUGAUCACUUAGUGUGGCGCAGGCGCGGGGCAUGGGCGCGAGCGCGGGGCCCGGCCGGGCCCUCCCUCCGGGCUGUAUAUAGAUCUCUCUCCUCUGUGUUCCUUUCUCUGUCAGAGAAACCACCGCGAGAUGCUGCCGAAGAUAAUAACCCUCCCCUCCGCCUCAGCCUUCCUCUUCUCUCUCGGCCCCGACCCCCACUCAUUCUUUCAUUGUUACUUUUUUUUUUGUUUUGCUUUUUGGGGUCACACCCACAGCGAUGCUCAGGGGUUCCUCCUGGCUCUGCACUUAGGAAUCACUCCUGGCGGUGCUCAGUGGGGGACUCUAUGGGAUGCCGGGAAUCGAACCCGGGUCAGCCACGUGCAAGGCAAACGCCCUCCCCGCUGUGCUGUCGCUCCAGCCCCUCAUUGUGACUCUUUUUUUUUUUUCUUUUUGGGGUCACACCCAUCGAUGCUCAGGGGUUCCUCCUGGCUCUGCACUCAGGAAUCACUCCUGGCGGUGCUCAGGGGACCCUAUGGGAUGCCGGGAAUCGAACCCGGGUCAGCCACAUGCAAGGCAAACGCCCUCCCCGCUGUGCUAUCGCUCCAGCCCCUCAUUGUGACUCUUUAUCAUUGUUAUAUUCUUCUUCUUAUUGGGUGGAUACAGUCCCCGUGCCCGGGGCCGGGCUCCAUCGCCCCUGUGCUCGGGUCAUAGCAUCUGGCUACCUGGUGGGGGCACCAGACUUGCUCCCCAGAAGAGUUUCACGCUGCCCUUGGAGAAUCCGAUCGCUCCUCUUGCCGUUAUCCCUACACGGUUUCCCGGGCGCCGUCUGUGUCUGUGGUGGGCCGGGCCGGAGAAGGCCGCCUGGCCCAGCCCGACCCAACUUGGUGGCCACGGGAUUGCGGGUGUCUCCUCAAUGGUGCUAAUUUCAUCCUUCACCUCAACCACAGCACUCCCGGGCUUGGUUUUUGUCCAUCCUCACUCCCCAGUGGGAGGUGAAGCCGGUGGCACCCAGAGUUACAGGAAAUGCCUCCUGGAGGAAGAGGCUUGGCUCCCGGGGAGCACUGUCAAGGGAGCACAAAGGCAGCCCCAAAUCGGGGUGUUUGCUUAACCACCCUCCGGUGAAUCCACUUCCAUCGGUUGCUUCCUUGCCGGCCUUGCUCCGCUCCCUGUCAGUUGGUCACUGGGUUGGUCGCCCCCCCCCCCCGUCACUGUCACCUCCGCCACCACCCGGGACUCCGCUUCUGCGGCCGGGAGGCUCGUGGCUCUUGAGCACUGGUUCCCGGAACCAUUUGGGCUUUUGAAAAAAGUUGUUGAUGUUUACGCUUUGUUUUUCGAGGUGGGGGGGCCACUCCCAGUGGUGCUUGGGGGCCACCAAAGCCACACCCAGCCAGGCAGUGGCUAGGGACAAGCCUAGGCCCUCCAUCCCUGCUGCCGGCACCUUGCCACCUCCCGUCUUUCGGAAACAUCCUUUCCUCCGGAAGCGAGCUGUAACUCCGCCUCGCCGCUCCGGUUCCUUUCCAUUUCCUCUUCCCAUUCAGCGAGGAUGGACUCGGACCUCCUCUGGCUGGUGGAUCCGUAUCCCCCGCACCUCCCACCCUUCCCCCCUACCCCAAUGAUCUUCCUCUGUUUCCUGGGAUUCUCAAGAAGGAAACGCAAGCCAUCAUCCCUCUGAAGUUUCAGCACAUCCCAAGGUCCGGGGGUGGGAGUCUGGAGAACCAGCCCUGGCAGAUCGGAGAGGAAGGGCAGCUGGCUCCGGCCUGGGGUGGGGAGGUGCCGGCCCGUAGCUCUUAGCACCGAGGCUCAGAGAUGCUUUCCCUGAGGAUCCAGCUCACCGGGGCCGGAGCUUUGACAGCGAGGGGGCUCGGAAGGGCGAAGGCAGUCGGCGGGGGGCGGUAUCUUGCUCCAGAGAGAAGAGUUCCGUGAGGUCGGAGGGACAGAGAGGGACGCGAACCGACCAGCCCUGGUUUCUUGCUGCAAAGCACCUGCUGUAUCUUGUCUGUGCACCGGGGAGGGCUGGUUACGGGAGGGAAGGGCAGACGGCCCUCGAGAGAAAUGUCUGGGACGAGCAAGGCCCCCAUCUCAGUCUCUUCCCGCCUUCCCGCCUUCUCUGCAUUGCCCCGUUUCCCGCCUUCUGGGCCGAUUCUUCACCCCUUGCUUUCCCCUCUCCAGCUUUUUCUCCCGAGUUUUUUUUGUUUUUGUUUUUUUAAUCCUCCCCCCACUCCUUCUUCACCUGUGUCCUUUCUUCAUGGCAGGGGGGGUCACCUAGGAAAGUGGGUCGAAGUCAGAAGCCCAGAGAGGCGAAAGCCAAGGGGCAAGAAAGGGCGGUUCAGUAUAGUGCACUUUAUUUCUCCCAAGUUCUUUGGCAGGGAGUGGUGUGGGGGCGCGGGGCGUGAGCAGUGCACCCCCACCUCCCGUUGUGUUGACGGCAGCAGCUGGUAGAGCGAUGUCUUCAUUGAUAUUUUCCUUUGGGGAAAGGAGAGUUUUUCUCCCGUGGGGUGAGAUGCUUCUGCCCGGUGUCCCCAGCCUGGGGCAGCUCAUCCCUGAAUCCUUCCAGCCGCUGGCCCUUAUGACCUGCCACUUCCUGUCCAUUCUCCUCAAGACGUCCCUUCUCCCUCCCCGCUUUUUCAAAAAAAAAAAAAACGAUCACCCCCCUUUUCUACACCCCUUUUCUACUCCGAUGCCUACCGGGACUUGUAAGAGUAGACGCACUCAGACAGUUGGAGUGCCCUGUUGAGGAGUCAGCUGUGUCUUCUGAAAACCAGUCUCAUUAAGAAGUGGGGGAGGGGGCGGCGGCUGUGUGUGUGGGGGGGUGGGCUCAGCCAGCUAACGGAAGCCCGAGGCUAGCACUGGAGCGUGGCCCUCCAGCCUCCUGGGAUCGGGGCUUCCCUUCCACUAAACUGCUUUGCUAAAACGGUGCAGGGCCAAACCACCCAAUCCCCUGUGGGCCUCAGUUUCCCUGCCCGUCCAUGACAUGGAAAGAAUAUACUACUUUUUUUUUUUCCCUCUCUCUUGUUGGUCCAGCACCACUGGGCAUGCGGAAUAGUCAUUGUGGUCGUAUUGGGUGAUGUGUGCAGAACUGCAGCCGUGCACUGCCGACGGGAGGGAGGGACAGACGAAGCAAUGGUUUGGUCUAGAUCCGCCCCCCCCAUCCUCGCCUUCCUCUCUUGCACCCCCCACCCCCAUGUUUCUGGUUCGGUGAGUCGUUCAUGCCACCCACAAUGCUUCGGUGCAAGGUUGGGAAAAGGGGGCGUAUGGUCUCACAACUUGUUGUUUUUUUGCAUGCUUUCUUAAUAAAAAAAAAAAAGAACGUUUCUA